UAAAUCGUUAAAUAAAUCAUCAUUACUCAUUAGGCCUAAAUUAACUAAAUAUAAAUACUAAUACCAUUAACUAUUAUAUAAUAUUAAAUAAUAAAUUAUAAUAUUAAUAGCCUCUCACUGGUCCCUCAUUCAGGUCAGGAGUCAUUCACUGCAUCAGCAGACUCAGCUCUGCUGGGUGAUUGAAAUUAUUUGCAACUUCAAAAUUUUUAAUAAACAGUAUUGACAGUAACAGCACAGUCUACACUACUAACUUCUACUAGCCUAGACGCCAAGGCUAAUCUGUAAUCAAGUAUCAAGCAACCAAGGACACCCAAAAUCAAUAUGGAGGCAGAGGAUGACAAUGACAGCAUUGCUGGUCUGUAAAAUUUGAGUUUUAAAUUUCAUACUUUAAGUGACAGUUAUAGUAUUGAAAAGUUAAAUACGAACGCCUAUUUGUAAUUUGUAGUUAUUUAACUGGAUAUUAUUGCUAUUCCUUAACCCAUUCGCUACUAUUGCGACCAAAUGCGACAUAUCACGAGAAGUGAGAAGCAUUGUUGCCUUGUGAAUAGCUUUAGGAUUUUAAAUAAUUAAGAAGAAAGCUGCUUCCAUUAAAAAAAACCUGAUGUCUCUACCAUUUAUGGUUUUAAAGCUGCGUGGUGUUGAAGUUGGUCUAAGCCAGUGGUCGGCAAAUUCAUUAAUCAAAAGACCCGAAAAUCAGCAGCAGGGUGAUUACAAUUUUUUUGAGAGCCAAAUUUCUUUUCAAGAACCUGUCAGAGCCAUGUUUUUCAAAGUUGGUUUAAACUAGCUACUAAACAUUAAAUACAACCAGAUAUAAUAAUCUAAUUUAUUGACAAAAAAUACAAAACACACAUUAAGCAUUCAAUUCCACCAGAUAUUAUAAUAAUAAUCUUAUGGACAAAAAAUACAAAACAUGCAUUUAAUUUCAUACUCAAACAUCAGAGUAAAUGAUCUGCUGGUCACAAAAUCCACCUUGCAACGAAAUGUUAUCAGUGUACUCAACAAAAAUGUGCUCUCUCAUCACUGAUAAGCAAAUCAAAUUAUGUGUAGACAGUUAUGAGGCAGUAAGCUAUUAAACAUAUUCACCUCAAAGCCGCACGCUGAAUUGGCUUAAAUGAUUUUUGGUAAUUUUUUAACACACGCAGAAAGGUGCGCAGAUGAAUAUUGAAGUACCUGACUAAUGUAAGAGAAUAUAGAAAAUAUUCUAGAUAUUCUGACUUUUUCUGUGCAUUUAUUGAUAAAAUGAAACAAUGAUGUUGGCUAGGGCGAGAAACGCCAUAAAAAUAAGGCUACAUAAUGGGUAGAGUGCAAUGCUUUCUUCUUGAUUUAUGAUGAACACAGCCUCAGCAGUUGUUGGCAAAAACAUAGCAAUUCUACUGCCGAUAACAAGAUAUAGGGCAGAGUGACUAAUUAUUGAGCGUAGCAACUUUAUUUUGCAUCCAUCACAUAUACGUUGUUUUUUUUCAUACCGUGAACAGUAAUAAUGUACAUUUUAAUUAUUUUUAAGAUGAACUUGUCAUUUGAUGACAAUGGCAUAUUGCCGCACAAAGAGCAGAAGAAGAAAGUGUUGAAUUUGUUGCACAUGCAAACUUCCACAAUAUGAAAUUGGACCCCCAGAAACCAUGAGGGUCAUCUCGACCCACCCAAGCCUCUUCAAAAAACUAAACUGACUUUUUUUUUCUUAUUUUUCUUUUUCAAAGGGCCACCAGCCAAGAAACACAAGAAGCACAAGAAAAAACACAAGCACAAAAAGGAGCCCAACCAAAAUACAAGCACCAUCAUGUCACCUAAAACUUCAAUCAAACUGAAGUUAAAGAUUGGCAAAGAAACCAUGGGUACUAAAAAGUAGGUACCCCUUGAUUUUAUUUGGCUAAAAAAAAUUAUUGUUUAUCAAAAGCAGCAAGAGGAACCAUGAGUCUCAUUUUAUACCAGCAUAACUCUGAUGCAACCCUGGAUACUUGGGGGAAAAAACAACUCUGAUUUACUGUAAAAGGAAUUAAGAUUUCAUGGCCGCCAAAAGACUUUAAGAAAAAUACUGGCAAGCAUACUAGAGUUGGAAAAAGGCUAAAUUCAGUUUAAAAAAUUACACAGGAUCUUGAUUUUAUGGUCACAAACUGUAAGGUCAAGUCAGAAAAUUGAACUUAUGAAUGACAGAAUGCAUUACUUUUUUUUUUUUUCAGUGUGAUGUCCAUAAUAAAAUCCCCAGAAAUGGAAACAACUUCAGAAGGUAAUGUUUGUACUGGACGGGUUACAUUAUUACAAAACAUUUCAAUGUUAAAUUGUUCUUCUGUUUUUUUAGUUCUCGUAAUUAAAAAUAUGUGCUUUUAGAAUGUUCAAGGGUGGAAUUAUUUACCUUAAUUUUUGAAAUUAUGAAAACUUAGUUUUUGUUUAAAAUUUUUUAGAAAUCUGCUUCAUUUAGUGACAACGGCAAUGAUUUGGUUUUGUGGUUAGUUAUAUAGGAGGUGGAUAUCAGCCCACGCAGUUUUAAGCUGUUUAAACUUAAAUAAGAAUUAUGUCCUGUAAAAAUUGACCCCUGUGUCUUUGAACAAGUCAAGGAUGUGCAUUGAGGGUAUUUUAUUUGCCACAACUUUCUACUUUAUGUCUCAGUAUUAUUUUCAUGAGGCCGAUAUAACUUUACAUCCUAAGGUAAGACACCAAAGAAACUGCCAGAUGGUGAUGAUGAUGAUAUUUCAGAUGACGACAAAUGGCUAGAAGCCUUGGAGAAAGGAUAUCUCAACAAUUACGGGGAAUUAGGAAAGAAGGAUCCAUCUCUGCUAACAGCAAGGCAGGUCAGUUGUCACACAGGAGUUGAAUAUAAUUUCAAAGCUAUUUUCAUGAAUGUAUUUUAAAGCUCAAACAUGUUACGGUAUGUUAAAGAUUGAAUCAUGCAUGUUCUUUAAAGCACCACAUUUAGUUUUACUAAUCAGCAAGUAUCGCAAAAAUAAAAAGGAUGAUUUUAUUUUUUUCAGAAAGCCCUUUUACAUGGCGGCCAGCAAGAUGAGUUAUUACAGCUUCCUUCAGGUAACAUUUCCGCCAUUUCAAAUAUGUAUAUAUAUUAUAUAUCUGGGUUUUUGGUACAUUUAAUCUUUGUAACAAAUUUCAGCUCUCUAGGAUAUGAAAAUUUCAGUUAAAAAAUUUAAAAGACAAAUUUUCAAGCUAAAUGACAAAUUAAGUCCUGUAAAAAAACAACAAAAAAAACCCCAACAUUUUCUAUCUUUUAAAGUAUACAAACUAUUAUAAAUUUGAAACAUGUUAGAUGUUAAUUUUUUUUAAAAAAGAGAGAUGCAUUAACCAUGUGAAAUAACAAUAGAUACAACACAAUCUUAUUUUCAUCUGCUUUGUUAUUUUCGAACAGGCUACAAAACCGUCGAGUUGACAGAUGAGCAAAAGAAGCGUCGUCAGGAAAAGGCAAAACGAAGACGUCAGCAAGCCUCAGAGAAGAUGGAAAAUGAUAAGGUGAUGAAUAAUUUUAAAAAUAAAUCAUGGAAGAGCAUAUUGUACCAUAACUUGUUCAGCUCUUUUCUUUGCAAAAAAUUCAACCUUAUAUUUAUACAUAACUGCCUAAUAUAACUUAUAAUUUUUUUCCAUCCAUCCAUCCCUGUAGCGUUACAGCCCAUGUAGGGCUUUCUUCCACUCUGACCUGAUGCUUUUCUUUUCCAAGCCUUGAUUCCCAGCUGCUGCAGAUCUUUAUCCUCAUCAUUUAUCCAUCUAAGAGUCUAGGUCUGCCUCUGAGCCCCUUUCCUGUUGGGUUUUGGUGGUACUCUGUCUUCACUCCUCUGUCAUUUGGCAUUCAUCCACAAAGUGCCCCGCCCAGUGCCGUCUGCCCUUUUUUAUUUCUGCUAUUGGCAAGGGAUCCUGAUUAUGGUCCAUGCAAUUCCUCGUUGGUUUCGUUUUCUACAUCCAUGCUCAUUCCCCCCCCUGUGUUUAAUAGGUUUUCAUCCCCACCUUUUUUGAAAAUUUUAUUUUAAAAAAUUUCAAUUUAAUUUUAUGGUAUCAUACAUUUUUAUGUAUUUUAGAGUUAAGAAUGAAACAUUUGUUUAAAAAUGUUAACAAAAAUGAGUAUGGGGAAAAAAAGGAGAGAAUUUGUUUCAACUUUUUGUUCCUCGGUAUAUACAAAAUUACAUUUAAUUUUGUUUGUCACAAUUUCUAUGAUGAGAUGAGGUAUGUUUCUUUCAGGUGUCUCAGUUUCUAAGAUCGUAUGAGGUACAUUUCUCUCAGGUGUCACAACGUCUAUGAUCAUAUGAGGUACAUUUCUUUCAGGCGUCGAAGAUAAAAUUCAAUUUCAAAUCCUGUUGGGAACUUGAAUACACUUUACAAGUUUUUAUUGUAAAUCAAUUUUUGUUUGUUAUUGUUGUCUUUCAGAAUCAAACUGUACACAAACUUUUGAAGAAACAAGACAGUAAGCUGAAAAGAUCCGGAAAGGUAGUCCAUACAUUUUAUUUUAAGAUGAGUCUUUAGGACAUACUUUAUCUGUAACUGUAACAUAAUUGAUAGCUUUUUUCUGUAUGCUUUUAAAUUUGUAGAUUAAAAAAAGGUUACCAGGUUGGGUCAAAAAAAUGUUGACCUGGUUUGGUGUGUAAUACUGGGGUCCAUAGUCUUUAUUUGAUGUAAACUUUCUAUUUUAGUGCCAAUAUGAAAAUUAGGGUCACAUUUCAAAGUGGAACCAUAAGACCUGCUUCUGUGUCAGAAUUGAAGAAAAGCUUUGUUCAAUAAAAUGUUCAAUAAUAUGCACAACUUGUUUACAGUUACCUACAUAAUCGAUAUUAUAGAUGAUUUAAUUAAAAUUUCAGCCUUGACCCACGAGGGUUGCUAAAAAAUCAUGUAUCUAGUGUGCAUCCGUUUAUGAAAACCCUGUAAAAAUAAAUAUGAAUUCAGUGCAGUCACAAUUGAUGAUUGAUAUUUCCGACACAAUCCUCAUUUCUGACCUUUACUGUAACAUUGCCCUGGAACUGACUGGAAGUUUUACCAGGAUAACCUGCAUGGUUGUAUGUGUAGAAGGCACAAAAAUAUGGAAGCCAGAGUAAUUUAAAAAAAAUUCUCUUCAAUUUUGAUUUAAAAGCAGCUAAAAAAAAAAGGAUACGUUUAUGGAUGUUAAUUCUUAUUUCUAAAAUGAAUCAUAUCAUCCAAAAGAUUAAAACUUCAUAUUUUCUUGUUUGCUUUUCUGAAUUUAAAAAAUAAAACCAACUCAGCUAUGUUAAAAAUAGAUUUUCAAAUUCACCAAAAAAAAAAAUAUUGUAUUCAUUUUUCAGACACCAAAAGGUGGCAAACGCAGCACUGUUCCACGAAUCAUAUACAGAAACAGAUUGGAUGGUAUCUGUGUCAUUUUACCUCCCGACAUGGCAUUUCCUUUGUCUCAUCAAAUAGCUAAGUUAGUGUCACUAAUUUUGUUAUAUACUCGUAGUCAGGUUAGAAACACCGAACUCGGUGGAGUGAAAGGAUGAGUUUCAACAUGUAGUUCUAGUUUAAUUAUUCUUAAGCACUGCAAGAGACCUGCUGCCUGGGGUUUCAAUAAUAGUUAAAACAAGCUUUCAGUUUUACAUUUGUGACCAUUUGUAAAAAAAAAAAAUUACUUGGGCAUUUGUCAUCACAGAAAAAUAUUUGUCUCCCAUAAAAAUUUACCUUCAUCUUGUGAGUUACCGGUAUCUAAAUAAGUCUUGGUGCAAAAUUAGUUUAGAAACUAGGAUUAAUCAUGAAAAUUGACAGUCAAUCCAUUCCUCUCCUCAGGCCCUACCCAGAACUGCAGCUGUGUGGUGUCCAGGGCUGCCACAACAAGAGGAUGUCUGUUUGCUCAAAGACUAAUGUUCCAGUGUGUAGUCUGGCUUGUUAUAAACAAAAUCUGCAGGUGUGGGACAGUUCUAGCAGUUUGUAGACAAAUAUUCCUAUUGUGUGGUCUUACUUGUUAUUAAAGAAAUUUGGGACACUUCCAGUGUCCCAGCCUGGCAGUUAGGGGCAAAGCUAGGUCGCCUAGUCCAUAAUUAUUGGGGGAUUGUUGACUAAGCUUUACAUUUGUGUAAAUUGUAGACUGCUUACUGUAUGCAUAAAAAUUGUUUAAAAAAUAUUUCUAAGUCUUUAGUUUAAGUACUGUUAUUACAACAUGCUAGAGAUGAAGAGGCUGGUAUGUGUGGCCUGGGG